AUGUGCCGGGUAGCGGCAACCGCUCUGGCCGUCCUCCUUCUCUUCGCUGCCGUGUCUGCGCUCCUCCGACACAGCCGUCAUGGAAGGACCCGAGGGCGACAGAUCAAGCGCUCCGGCGAUUACUACGAAGGCCCAGCCACCGAACCCCCGCCUGUCAGGAGUCACCACGGUGACAUCGUCACCCGAUUUUUGAGGAUCGUCGAGUCACAGCAGCAGCUCGGAGAGAACUGCACCGCUGGAACAGCGCUCAAUCUCGGCGAAGGAGUCGUCGACAGAUACGCUCAGGUACGUAGGAGACUCGGUAGAAGACUUCUUCCGGCGUCUCCUCAGGAGCUCCUUCUGGAGGCGCCGAUAGCUCGCGGGAUACACACCAAUCGUUUAAUGAAAAAAAAAAAAAAAAAUCAGCGUUUUUAUAACAUAAUCAAACACUAUUCAAAUUCUACAAAACAUCACAUCCAACUUAAAUUAUUUCGUAACUUCCUUUGCAGGAAUAGAAAACAACAGUAA